AUGGGGAGAAGGUCGGGUUUCCCCACGAACAUCGGGCUUCUCGUCGACUGGUUCCCGCGGGCUGGCUUUCGGUGGCAGCGUGGUCAGGGCUCCCCGCGGAUUCUCCGCUCUGACUCGCGCGACGACGUCGUCCGUCGUGCCAUCAUCGACAUUCCCGGCGGCGGCAACGCCAAAGUUCGCAAGAGGGAUGCGAAGAAUCUGGUGGUGAGCGCGCUGGCCGCUACGGCCAGAAUGAUCAAGGAUGCCGAGAACGGGAUUCGCCCCAGUGAAGGCGUUACUGAUUACCUUGAGCGGGUGACCCAAUUCUCUCAGCUCUCUCGCUCCAUUUCCGACGACGUCUGGGUAGAGAUGGCCUACUAUAUUGCUCAUGCCCGGUACGAGUACAAGCCCCACACCCCGGAGUCUCACAAGAAAGGAAAGGAGAACCGGCUUACGGCCCUGGCCCAUAUUAUCGAGAUCUCAUUCACGCCGCCGGCGACCACUGUUCUAUACUAUCCCCAUACAAUGGGCGACGAGGCACUCGACUACGACAUCGAGGACGACGCCUCCGUCUCCGACGGAGAGGUCAAGUCGGGCAAGGAUGUAGGAGUGCUUGAUGAUGAAGCCGACAAGCAGCUGCCAGAGCAAAUGAAGGAGGUCACCAUCCAGGAUGCCGACGGCGAUGUUGAGAUGGUCAUGCGAGGGCUGGGCGGAGCCUGGAGCGCACAAUUCUUGCUCUGGUUAGUGGAUUAG